AUGACGGACGACUCCACAGUCCACGACGGUUAUGUACGUAGUACAAGUAGUACAACACUACAACAUUUUACUAACACGCUACACGCUACUCUCACAUUUAAUAUGAGUAAAAAAUUGUUUGGCAUUUUUAAUAAAAUAAAUAAUAAAACUAAUGAAACACCAAUUGAAGAUUCUGUCGUUCAUAAAAACGAAAAACUGGGUGAUGACUGCAGUAUUACAUUCAAUGUUAAUUUAUCUGUUACCGAUAAUGAAACAAAAAGAAAUACUUCAAAUUUUGAACUUGACAAUCUCGAUUUGGGUACUAUUAUUUCAGGACCAGUUCAACCCAUAUUAAAGAAAUAUCCUACUACAAAAUUUGGUGACCAGAAUCGAGCGUUUUCUGCAAGCUACUUUGCAAAAUUUGAUUGGUUGGAGUACAGUAUAAUUAAUGAUAAAUUAAUGCUUUGUUUGCCGCAACUUUAG